AUGUUUCCUAAUAUUGAUCCAUUUGUAAAAGAAAACAAUAAAAACAUAAAACAAGUUGCUGUUUGUAAUGGAUGUAAAAAUGAGAAAAAUAGAAGAUAUUCUCCAAUUCUAGUAUCUAUUCCUCCCAAGAUUCAAAAUGUUCCCAUGUUACAUCAUAAAUACCUUUCAUCUGUACAUAUGAAUUGCUCAUUGGGUCACUCAACUGGAUCUAAUAAUUAUACAAAUUAUGUUCACCUGGAAGGACAAAUCAAUAUUACACAUAAUUAUCAUGCUUUAGAAUUAUAUUCUGGAAUAAGUGGAGCUUUUCUGAAUGCCAAUGAACCAUCAAUGUGGUAUCAUGAAACUUUAAUUCCUGCCUCAAAUUGGCUUAAACUAAAUAACAAACUUAUUAAAAAAUAUGCAACCAAUAUUGCAUGUCCUUUACCAGAUGAUGCUAUACCAUGUGUCAUCUCAUACAUAUAG